GAGACCCUGAAUAUAAACGACCGUAGGCUGCCAAACGGACCGAGCGCUAAAUUCAGUUGUAUUUUCGGCGAUAAAACGCGUAUAUUAAGUCAAGAUGAACGGUUCUUCGGGUUCCAUCAAGAGAUCGAGAGAACCAGACUCCGAAUCGGGAAAGAGAAAUGUCGUUCUUUGUGUAAGAGACGAGAAAAUGGAGGUUUCUGAAGCGGGUCCUAAAAUUUCUGCUUCAGUGGACGAGAAUGGCCCCCCCACCAUACCCUGGGCUGUACCGUGCAUUACCUGUGACAUGGUGGAAGGGGCAGAGUUCAAGACCUUUUCCCACAAGGACCUCGUAGGGCACUAUUACCUGGUGAUCUUCUACCCAAGCGACUUCUCCCCCCUAGCACGCAGCGAGCUCCUUGCCUUCUCUGAUCGCAUGGGAGAGUUCACCGCGUUGGGCUGCAAAGUGUUCGCCUGCUCGACUGAUUCCAAAUAUAAUCAUUUGGCUUGGUUCAACACCUCAAGAGAGAAUGGUGGAAUAGGGCAGCUCAAGUUCCCUCUCCUGGCUGACAAAAGUACAAAGUUCUCAGCCUCACACGGCGUCCUCAACGAGAGGAAGAAAACAACGCCACUGAUGCUCCUCAUCGUUGAUGCCAAGCAAAAUGUCCGACAGAUGAUCUUGAGUGAUGAGACAUCGUGUCAUAAUGUUGAUGAAAUCCUUCGCCUAGUUAGUGCCAUCCAGUAUGCCGAUAACACUGGGAAAAUUUGCCCGGGCAGCUGGAAGCCAGGAGACGAGGGCCUCUCCAACCAUUGCCCAGUGCAGAAAGGGACCUCGGCAUCGAAGUAGUGCAUUCGUACAGUGUGUCCUGAGUCGUCUAAACAUUCAAAGGUCUUACUCAAAGAACUUGAUGGAAAGAAUCCGCUGUUCCCUCCGACUUGGAGAGAAUGAAUUUGAGUUUUAUUUUUAUGUUACAAGGUGGUUAUGGAUGCUUGGGCACUAGUCAUUAUAUGCGAUAUAUUUUUUUUUCUGCAAGUUCCUAUGUCUAA